AUGGAGAUAAAUCGAUACUUGGAGAUUCUGCUAGAAAGUGGAUUGAACUCAGGGAACAGAUAUCAGACUUUCAGAGAUAAAGAGGACAAGACAAAGAAGACAUUGUUGCACUAUGCUGUGGAACUUGGCUUUUUGCACGUUACCAAAACACUUGUAAAGAAGUGUCCAUUGCUGCUAGGACAAAAGACAGUUGAACAACUAGAACCUGAGCAGAGAGCCAUGUUACCAGUUGAGUUGGCAAUGCUAGCUGCAAAUGAUGAGGUGGCAGCUUAUCUAGUUAGAAUAAUGUGGCAUGAAAGGGUCAAAAGUUUAUUUUCUUGGAUACCAGAUGACAUGACAGAACCUCAGCUGUCUGUGUUCAGUUUCAAAUCUGUUAUUGAGAAUCCUAAAAUGAAGAAAACAGUGGUGGCCAUAUUAGACCAGAUGGUAAAUCCUUAUUCAUCACAUCUCCCAAAAUGCAAGGACACCUAUGACAAUGAAGAAGAGAAGGAGGCAACUGAAGGAGUCUGGAGGACAAUCACAGACGAUCCUUUAAACUAUCACUUCUAUUAUCAUAUUUUGGACAGUGACGAAGGAGGAUGCCCUCCAAAUCUUUUGUAUCAAGGGAAGCAUAUGGAUAACAAAUUCUUUAACUGGAGAGAUCAAUCAUGUUUGCAUGUGAUUGCAACAAGCACUAAUAUGGAGGCUUUGCAGCAUCCAGUGGUUAGAAUGCUGAUUAAAAGAAAAUGGCAAAGCUAUGGACAUUGGUUUCUUAGCCUCCAAGCUGUAUUCUAUGUUAUCUUCUUGCUGUUAUUGACGUAUUCUCUGCUGCAUGCCUCAACCAAACCGGAUCCAAAUAGUUACAGAAGUGUGGCAGACUCUUUGCGUGGAUUUUGUGAAGUUGCCACUCUUUGUAUGACUGGCUUUUACAUAUAUGAAGAAAUCAAUCAGAUAAGGAUGUGA